AUGUUUGCUCGUAUCUCAUCUUUCGCUGCUCUCCUCACUCUUGCGACGGCCACAGUCCUUCCCCGCGGGGGUGGUAAUGGUGCCGCUUGCAGUGAUACUGGUACCGCGCAAUGCUGCGACUCUGUUCAGAACCCCAGCGACUUGAGUCCCAGCACCUCGCUCCUCUUGGGCCUCCUCGGAGUCGUCGUUGGUGAUCUAACUGCCGAUGUUGGCCUGACCUGCAGCCCCAUCUCUGUUAUUGGUGUUGGUGGAACGAACUGCGAUGCGCAAACCGUCUGCUGCGACAACAACAACUUCAACGGUCUUAUUGCUCUCGGCUGCAUCCCCAUUAACAUCGGUCUCUGA